AUGUCGAUAUCACCUGCGCCGUCGUCCCAGAUACCUGACACGAAUCGGGAACCUCAUCCGCCCUCUCCGACCGACGGCCAACUUGACCAGGUCAAGCAAGCCAUCAUCUCCCUCCUCGACCAGCCGGGCUAUGACGACGGCAGCGCGGGCCCCGUCCUGGUGCGACUCGCGUGGCACAGCGCCGGGACGUACGACGCGCAGAGCAACACGGGCGGCUCCAACGGGGCGGGGAUGCGGUACGAGAAGGAGGGCGGUGACCCGGCCAACGCGGGCUUGCAGCACGCGCGGGCCUUUCUCGAGCCCGUGAAGCGGCGGUUCCCCUGGAUCACGUACGCGGACCUGUGGACGCUGGCGGCCGUGGUGGCGAUCCGCGCCAUGGGCGGGCCCGACAUCGCCUGGAUGGGCGGCCGCACCGACUUCGCCGACGACUCGCGCGUGCGGCCGCGCGGGCGCCUGCCCGACGGGGCCAAGGGCGCCGACCACCUCCGCCACAUCUUCUACCGCAUGGGCUUUUGUGACCGCGAGAUCGUCUGCCUCAGCGGCGCGCACAACCUGGGUCGCUGCCACGCCGACCGCUCCGGCUUCGACGGCAAAUGGGUCAACAACCCCACCCGCUUCAGCAACAUGUACUUCAAGCUGCUGCGCAUGCACGACUGGAAGGAAAAGACCCUGCCGAACGGGGUGAUGCAGUACGUCUACAUCGACGAGGACGAGGAUGGGGAUGGGGAGGCCGAGACGGGAGAAAAAGCCGACGAGCUGAUGAUGUUGCCCUCGGACAUGGCGCUGCUGCACGACCCGAGCUUCCGCGUCUGGGUCGACCGCUACGCCGACGACAAGGACCUCUUCUUCGCAGACUUUGCUGUCGUCUUUGCCCGUCUGCUCGAGCUGGGCAUCAAGCGCGACCCGGUCUCCGGCGCCGUCCUCAACGAGGAUAAUCUCCAGGGCGGAUAUCGCAGCGCGCCCAAGAAGAGUGAUACCCCCCAGGCGACGACGACGACGACAGCAGUAGCAGCACCGGUGCCCAAGCAGGACAAUGUGUCAAGAUCGAGUAGCGGCAAUAAAAACAACAGGACGUCCAAGUUGUGA